AUGGCGAUCCGCCAUGUGCCACGGCCACGCGGUUUAUUUGAACCCCAGCUCGGAACCCAGAGCCCCAGAUGGGAACUCACGCUCUUCCUCCGUUGGACCGCUGCUGUCAAUGGCAGCAAUAAUAGCUUCACUGGGCAGAUACCAACUCAUUUCUGCAAUGGUUCACCAUCUUUCGCUGUGCUUGAUCUGAGUUACAACAAACUCAGUGGUAGCAUCCCCCGAGGACUUGGCGAUUGCUCUGUUCUGAGAGUGCUCAAUGCUGGCUACAACAACCUCAGUGGAACCCUCCCAGAUGAACUCUUCCGUGCUACCUUGUUGGAGCACCUGUCUUUCCGUAACAAUAAGUUACAUGGAGUACUGGAUGGUGCACACAUAAUCAACCUCGGAUAUCUCGUGACCCUGAAUCUUGGAAGGAAUAACUUCAGUGGCAAGCUUCCAGAUUCUAUAGGUCAGCUCAAGAGAAUGGAGGGGUUCUAUUUUGACCGCAACAACAUGUCAGGGGACCUACCAUCAGCUCUGAGUAACUGCACAAAUCUUAUAACAGUCGACUUCAAGAGCAACAAAUUCAGUGGAGAACUUAACAAGGUUGAUUUCUCCAACUUUCCCAAUCUGACAACUCUAGAUCUUCUGUACAACAACUUCACUGGCACAAUUCCAGAAAGUAUAUACUCUUGCAGCAAACUCAUUGCCCUGCGGCUAUCUGCAAACAACUUGCAUGGACAGCUGUCGCCAAAAGUAGGCGAUUUGAAGCACCUCGCCUUCCUUUCACUUGCUUUCAACUCAUUCGAAAAUAUCACAAAUGCACUUCACAUUCUACAGAACUGCAGGCAGCUUACCAUCCUGCUUAUCGGGGAUAACUUCAUGGCAGAGCUCAUGCCUGAGGAUGACAUAAUUGAUGGCUUUCAGAAUCUUCAGGUCCUGGAUAUAGGAGGUUGCCAGUUGUUAGGUAAUAUGCCAUUUUGGAUAUCGAAGUUACCAAACUUACAAAUAUUAAACUUAGCUAACAAUCAACUCACUGGAUCAAUACCAGCCUGGAUCAAAACCCUAAGCAACCUGUUCUAUCUGGACAUAUCAAACAACAGCCUCACAGAAGGAAUUCCAACAACACUGAUGGAUAUGCCAAUGCUGAAGUUAGAGAAGACUAAAGCCCAUUUAGAUCCAAGGGUGUUCAAACUAACUAUUUAUACGGGACAGCUCCCACAGUCAAUAUGCAAUCUCACAAGUCUUCUGGCACUAGACUUGUCCAAUAACAAUCUCAUGGGCCCAAUCCCAUCUGGUCUGAACAGCCUGCACUCCCUUUCGGCGUUCAAUAUUUCCAAGAACGACCUAGAAGGUCCUAUUCCAUCAGGAGGCCAGUUUAAUACAUUUGAGACUUCGAGCUUUGACGGGAAUGCAAAGCUCUGUGGUUCUAUGCUCAUUCAGAAGUGUGGUUCAAAAGAAGCACCUCCAGCCACCACUCUGUCAAAACAACUAACGGGCUAUAAGGUUGCCUUCAUGAUUGCUUUCAGUGCAUUCUUCGUCAUAGGGAUGUUGUAUGAUCAGGUAGUCUUAUCAAGAUAUUUUGGCUAG